UCCCGAGCCCAGCCGAGCCAAACAUAGUGCUGGCGGCCGUGGGAGCCCCUCCGAGGUGGGCCCCGCACGCCCCGCCCAUUGUCUGCCUUCCGCGGAUCUUCCCGGCAGGUGCUCGUGGCGCGGAGGUCGGUAGCUGCCAUCGCGGCGUUGAGGGGGCCCCGUGGACGCCGGGGCGCGCCGUGGGAGAUGAAGCUCUUCAAGCCGUGGUGGACGGCGCGCGGCGGCCUCCUGCACCUCACGCUCCUUCUGAGCUUGGCCGGGCUCCGCGUGGACCUGGACCUCUACCUGCUGCCGCCGCCCGCCUCCCUGUUUCGGGAUGAGCUGCUUGCCCGCGGCGCCUACGCGCUCAGCCCCUUCGCGCCCUCCCGAGGCGUUCUGCCCCCCAAGAGUCGGGAGCUGGACCCCGCCGCACCCCUCGAGGGCCAGCUGCUCCGUGAGGUGCGCUCACUCGGGGUCCCCUUCAUCCCCCGGACCCGAGUGGACGCGUGGCUGGUGCACAGCGUGGCGACCGGGGACGCAGACGGCGCCCAUGGGCUGCUUGGCGCCGCCGCGUCCUCCGCUGUAGGAGAAGGCGGCAGCCAGGUCGCAGCCGGGGGCGACGGGGACCCCCGAGCAGCCCGCGACAGCCCGCUGGCCGGCGCCGAAGAGAAAGGGGCAGCGGAACCGACGACGCAGGUGCGGGACGCAGGGGGACGCGCGAGCCAGGAGAAUGAGAUACUAAGAGAGAAGACUGAAGCUGUGAAUCCCAGUUCCAAACAGGAGGAAAAAGAGGAAGGAGUGUCAGCCCACAAGCAAUCACGACAGCAGAGUGGGGACAAUGAAAACAAAAUGGCAGAUGCACCUGGCUGGGAGGCAGAGAUCCUUGAAUCUAGAAAUGAGAGCCAUCUAAAUUGGGCAGAUACAUCUUUCUCUCUGGAAGACUUCUUUCAGCUGCUUUCAUCACAGCCUGAACAUUCCCUGGAGGGCAUUUCACUGGAAGGUAUUCCACCUUUCUCAGGCUGUAUCAAUGAAGAAGUCAAUUCUUCAGCACAUUAUAGCACAAAUUUUAGCCAUGCUGUAAGUCAUGAUGUCAAUCUUCACGAAGCCAUGCUGUGUCCCAACACAUUUGGAAGAGAUCCAGUAGCAAGGACUUCAUAUACCCAAGAACCACCUCUGCAGCUGUAUUCUCAUACCAAUCUUGAGCAAGCCCUUCCUGCAAUUAAUUUGACAGGAUUUCUCACACCUGUCAUCAAUCAAAUGAGGAAUCAGACAAACCAAGACCUCAUGUCUGACCUUGACACAAACAUAUUUGAUGAAAUAAACCCAAUGUCAUUGGCUAUAGGUGGUUUCAGUUCACUGGAAGUUUUUCAACCUUUUGAAGAACCAGAUUCUGAACUCUUGUUAAAUUCAAGUCAUGACAGCAACUCUAUUACCAAGUCUAAUUCUCACUCUAUAAAUUAUAGAGACCUUCAGCCUUUUUCUUUUCACGAUUUAGAAGGUGCUGUAGGUGGCUGCUACACAGAACCCCAUAAACUUUGUCACAUGGAUCUGGGGUGUCAACAUGUAUUUCAUAACCACACUUACCACUUACAGACCUGUGCACCAGAGCCCACAACUGAAUCUCUUACCUGGCCUGGAAAGUCACAGAAAACCAAUAGAGAAAUCAACCCAGAUAGAGACUUGAGCCGUGACGAACAGCGUGCUAAAGCUCUACAUAUUCCCUUUUCUGUGGAUGAAAUUGUUCGUAUGCCUGUUGACAAUUUCAACAGCAUGUUAAGUAGGUACUACCUAACAGACUUACAAAUCUCACUCAUCCGUGAUAUCAGGCGUAGAGGGAAAAAUAAAGUUGCUGCUCAGAACUGCCGGAAGCGCAAAUUGGACCUAAUUUUAAACCUGGAAGAUGAUAUACGUAACUUGCAAGCAAAGAAGGAAGCCCUUAACAGAGAACGAGGUCAAUGUAACAAAGCUAUCGACAUAAUGAAACAGAAACUGCACCACCUUUAUUAUGAUGUCUUUAGUAAGUUAAGAGAUGACCAAGGUAGGCCAGUCAAUCCAAACCAAUAUGCACUUCAAUGUAGCCAUGAUGGAACAGUUUUGAUUGUACCCAAAGACCUGGUCACAUCAGGCCACAGAAAGGAAGCCCAAAAGGGUAAGAGGAAGGGGGAAAGAAAAAACUGAAGAUUACCAAUUACCUUUAUCAAGAGACUAUUCAAAUUUGUGUUUCUAGCAUGAAUUUUACUUAUAUGUACUGCUACUUGAAUCACAUUAAGGCCAUACACACAACACAAAUGCUUUCUGUUCCAAGGUUUUGGACUAAAAUUGUUAAAACGCCAUCAAAAUCUCAUUGCUUCAUAGCCACAUUUUAGUAAGAUGAAGACUUGAGGUUUAUGGCUUAAAAGGAAAGCAGCCUUAACAUUUUUGAAAGAUACUUUUUAAUAUUUGUAAAAUAGUGAAAAUAAAUUUUAUAUUUGAAUUUGUAUUUCAUUUACAAAGUCCAAGUCAGCUUGCCUUACUAGCCCUAGGGUGGGGGAACCCUCAAUUAACUGGUCAAACUAAAGUUUAAGCCAACAUAAAUAUGCCCAAUACAGGAAAUGCCUCCAUAGGUUAAUUAGACAUGGCCAAACUUUACACUGAAGUAUUCCAGCUUUAUAAAGAACGUUAACAGGUCAGGGUCAUAGUCCUAAAUCCAAAUAGAAUGCAAAUACCUGCACACACAUGACAAUACUAAAACCAGCCUAGAUUCUGACAAUCUAUAUUUUGGAGCUAAUAAAUUUACUGUCAGACCAAUGUAAAGAGUUAAUACAGAAUAAAAUAGGACAAAUUAAAAAAAAAAAA